AUGAAUUCACCUUGGCUGGUAAGUCUACCCGGGGAUUUCUUUGCAACAUAUCGGUUUUCUCGCGGUCCAGUCCUGGGCAGUGGAAUGAGUGGCGAAGUUGUGCUUGCCACCUCACGUCGAAAUCCGUCAAAAAAGAGAGCCGCGAAGAUAUUGUCGUUGCUGACUGCUGAUGGAGGAGUUAAGAACAAGAGGUUGUUUGACAGGGAGGUAGACAUUUUACACAGACUGUCUCAUCCUCACGUCACCAGACUGACUAUAUCUGCCAUUUGUCCGGAAUACUUGGUCAUCUGUACUGACUACUGCACUGGCGGAACCUUGACCUCCAAAUUGGAUACCAUGUCCCCAGAGAUGUGCGUCAAGUACUUCAUCCAGAUGACGUGUGCUGUGCGUUAUCUCAAUGAUAGAAAGGGAAUAGUACACAGCGAUAUUAAGCCUGACAAUAUUUUCAUCAAUGCGCACAAUAACCCGGUUCUUGGAGAUUUUGGAUUAUCCUUUCUCAUUCCUCCAGGCCGCACUUCGAUCUCUACGAAACACAUUGGUGGCACAAUGUGUUUCUUUGCUCCAGAAAUAUUGUGCCGCACAUCGGUGGAUCCCUACAAACUGGACAUGUAUUCCCUGGGCGUAGUUCUCUGGUGCAUGAUGUUCCAGACAGAGCCAACAUCAGACAAAGUCUACGAGUGUCUCGAUGACACCCAGAUGAUGAUUGCUGCUCCUGAACCUCAAGGUUGGUGUUUGGCCAAUUCCAUACACCAUGACCCCGACAUAAGGCGUACAGCUGCGUCAAUACUGGCCAACAUGUACGACUGUGAUAUCUACAAGGGCCUUAUUGACCGCCUGUGA